UCAACAAUGGUUGUGAUAAAAGUGACAAAUGUUGAAAGAACCAAAAAAGUCGGGGUAGUUGCCCGAAAUUUGGAAGAAUUCCACCACAAAGUUAUGACGAAGUACAAGUUGACCGAUAAACAACUGAUGAAAGACGUAACAUAUCAUUUAACUUCUGAUGGUGUCUUGAUCGAUUGUGAUGAAUAUUUUCAAACCCUCGAACCACAGACAUCUGUGAUGAUGGUACUCAAAGAACAAAAGGAUUAUAUUAAAACAGGCAUGGAAAGAUAUUGCCACAUUGUAGAAAGAAUAGAUUUAUAUUAUUAA